UACCUGAGUACCUGGAAGUUUAAUUUCCUUUUGUUUUAAGACUAUAACAGAGUAGAUGUGACCAUAUGUAGCCCCUGAAUAUUCUGGCCUUGGGUGACGUGGGUGAGCACUUCUAGCUCAUCUGACAGGUUAGAGGUAUACACUUAUUUUCUCUGUAAGAAGCGUCAUCUGGUAAGAUGAUCAAGAAUGGUGCAAAGCAGGAUGGGGAGUUUAAAAUUGUUUCCAAAUGUGGGAAUGUAAAUUGAUAUAAACAUGUAAGAUUUUAAUAACACCAAACUGAUUUCUGUGUAAUUUCCAAGUUUCUUUUUUUUUUUCAAAGCUCCUCUGAAAUCUGUCCACAGAAACUUAGUUUAUAGAAUUUUAUCUGCUUUCUUUACUUAGGUAUUACACUGGACUUACAUCCAAUAGUGAAAACAGAUUUUAUUGUAGAAUCAGAAAAGAUAGAGGGCCAUAUAGGUUUCAUUUUCAAUUUUGUUCAUACUAAGGUGUUUACAACCCAAUUUAAUUUACACCCUGUAUUGUAUUAUUAUCAUAUAUCUGUAUGCAUGUAAAUGUAGUAUGUGGUGGCAAAAGAAAUUUUUGAGAAAGAAAAAACUCUUUGAUGUAUUUGAUUCAAUAUACAUUUGAGUGUCUAACAGACACUGUAUUAGACACUGGUGGUACAACACUGAACAGAGCACCAGAUACUUUGUAGCAUCUCAUGGAGCUACUGACAUACUUUCCAAGGGGAAUAUUUCAGAAUAGGUGAUAACUAAUCAAAGAAAAGUACCUUCGUCAUCUAGGAGACUUGUACUUAGAGUGAACUGAAAUAAACUAAGCUCACUAAAGACAGGGAUUUUUGUUUGGCUUUUGUUUGUUGCAUUCACUACUGUAUCUCCAGGGCCCAAAAUAGUGCUUGGCUUAUAAUAAGUAUUGAUGUUGUUGAUUGAAGUAUUUGUUUUGAAUUUGUGUAAUCAAAGACAUGUACCUUGGUAAAUCGUCUUUACAUCUUGGUAGGUGAAAAUUUUAUCUCAGUUGCUUUGUUUUUAAUAUUACCUGCUUUUUGUUUCUACUUGUGCCAUACAUCAAUGCUGGAAAAACUUGUUAAUAUUGGCAGUUAGUCAUAUGGUUAUCUGAUAUUGCAAAGAAUAGAUUUGGAAAGUAACUUAAGGGAUCAUCUUUUGUUCAGCUUCCUGCCUAGGAAAACUAAGUAAGAUAAUUAGGUGUGUAUAUUUAAUUAAUCAUUAAAAAAAAAAACCAGGACAACAUAAUUGGGUUAUCUCUUGAGAAAAUGGAGAAAGGUACUUAACCCUAGAUAUAAAAGGACUAACCUGGAAAUUUUAGAACUUCUGUGUGGGAAAGUGGGGAAAAAAAAAAAAGAAGAAGAAGCACAACUAAGCUGCUCUUUGUUGAUAUCAGAAAUGGGCCUGUCAUUCAUUUUGGCAUUGAAGCAUAGCCUCCUAUCUCAGGGGGCAGGACUGGAACAUUUUUUUCCUCCCACAAGAGCUGGUCAGUUAUUACAGGUUCAGAAAGCCCUGACCAGUUUUUCAAGAGUUUCUCCUCCUUUUUUCCUCCUGAAACUUGCGGUGCUUUUGCUCUGCUUUCAAGAUGCAUUAAGUCUCCUGGUUUGUGACUGCUUUGGAGCCAGCAGAUACUCUGAUAUGUAUGAUUCAAAUUAUGCAGGUUUCAUGAGCAACAUUUCAUUUGUUGCAUUUCCAGUUUCCAAUACCAACUCACCUACAAAGAUUUUACCAAAAACCUUAGGACCAAUCAAUGUGAAUGUUGGACCCCAAAUGAUUAUAAGCACACCACAGAGACUUACCAGUUCAGGAAGUGUUCUGAUUGGGAGUCCAUAUACCCCUGCACCAGCAAUGGUUACUCAGACACACAUAGCAGAAGCUACUGGCUGGGUCCCUAGUGAUAGAAAACGGGCUAGAGAAUUUAUAGACUCUGAUUUUUCAGAAAGUAAACGGAGCAAAAAAGGAGAUAAAAAUGGGAAAGGCUUGAGACACUUUUCAAUGAAAGUGUGUGAGAAAGUUCAACGAAAAGGUACAACAUCAUACAAUGAAGUCGCUGAUGAGCUGGUGUCAGAGUUCACCAAUUCAAAUAACCAUUUGGCAGCUGAUUCGCAGGCUUACGAUCAGAAGAACAUUAGGCGAAGAGUUUAUGAUGCUUUAAAUGUACUAAUGGCAAUGAACAUAAUUUCAAAGGAAAAAAAAGAAAUUAAGUGGAUUGGCCUACCUACCAAUUCUGCUCAGGAAUGUCAGAAUCUGGAGAUAGAAAAGCAGAGGCGGAUAGAACGGAUAAAGCAGAAGCGGGCCCAGCUGCAAGAACUUCUCCUACAGCAAAUUGCUUUCAAAAACCUGGUACAGAGAAAUCGACAAAAUGAACAGCAAAAUCAGGGCCCUCCUGCUCUGAACUCUACCAUUCAGCUGCCAUUUAUAAUUAUCAAUACAAGCAGAAAAACAGUCAUAGAUUGCAGCAUCUCCAGUGACAAGUUUGAGUAUCUUUUCAAUUUUGACAACACCUUUGAGAUCCACGAUGACAUAGAAGUACUAAAGCGGAUGGGAAUGUCAUUUGGUUUGGAGUCAGGCAAAUGCUCUCUGGAGGAUCUGAAACUUGCGAAAUCUCUGGUGCCAAAGGCUUUAGAAGGUUAUAUCACAGCUUCUCGAGCCUCAAAGAGAAGACAGCUUCAACCCAGAGCCUUCUCCAGAAGAACGAACCCAUAAAAAGCUGGAACAGUGGCUCAUACCUAAAUCCCGGCACUUUGGGAGACUAAGGUGGGCGGAUUACAAGGUCAGGAGAUCGAGACCAUCCUGCUGACACGGUGAAACCUCAUCUCUACUAAAAAUACAAAAAAUUAGCUGUGCGUGGUAGCAUAUGCCUGGACUCCCAGCUACUCAGGAGGCUGAGGCAGGAGAAUCGCUUGAACCUGAAAGGCGGAAGUUGCAGUGAACCGAGAUCACAUCAUUGCACUCUAGCCUGGGUGACAGAGCAAGACUCCGUCUCAAAAAACAAGCAAACAAAAACAGAACCCAAUUGACAGCUUGCUUUUUUCUGUCCUACUCCCAGAGCUAUGGCUGUGUUGUUAUGUUGCUGUUUUUUCCAUUUUUCUUUUUCUUUUUUUGAGACAGGGUCUUGCUCUGUCGCCCAGGCAGGAGUACAAUGGCGUGAUCUGGGCUCACUGCAACCUCCAGCUCUGGGCUUCAAGCAAUUCUCUUGCCUCAGCCUCUCAAGUAGCUGGGACUACAGGUGCCACCAAGCCCGGCUAAUUUUUGUAUUUUUAGUAGAGAUGGAAUUUUGCCAUGUUGGCCAGACUCAUCUCAAUCUCCUAAUCUACCUGCCUCCGCCUCCCAAAGUGCUGGGAUUACAGGCGUGAGCCACCGUGAGCAGCCUCCAUUCCUUCUCCUCGGGGAGUUGCUUCUGUAGUUCUGUGCUGCUUCCAUUUCUGCGCCUUCUCAGAGUGCUGACUCUUCCCACUGAAGCUUGCACCUGAAGACACCGCCAGCUUCCCCAGUUUCUUGACAGAUAAAGGCUCCAUCUGCCUGUCGUACUGUGGAUAGCUGCCAAAUGCCCGGGGGCUCCCCGAUUGCUGCCAGCUCAGCCUUUCUCCGAGAGGCCUUUCUAGCCUCUUGCUGAAACUUGCAUCUCAGUAGAAAAUGCACAGUGGUGAAGAACUCCCAUAUGUGGGGAGCAGGUGGCACAACCAAUCCCGUUAAUGCAGGGCAGCAUUCGUCAUAUUUGUCACUUUCAUGCAAAUCACUUCAGGACAUUGUUGCCAUUGGGGCACCAUGACUAUCACCCAACCAUUUCCUUCUUGCCUUAUCUCCUGCCUCACCUAAGGUGCCUGAAAUACUGUGACACACUAUAUGAGGGUCGGGAGAUUUGUUUUCUUCUUUCAUGCGCUACCGGCCACUUGGUCAUGGCUCUGAAAAGCCGAAACUCAAUCAUGAGAAGUUUUGCGUGCUAAAAUCCAAAAAUGACAGUCCUAAACAGGAAGGACUUUCUGGUUCUGCUGAUACAUAGAUUUGCUUUCAAACCUCCAGCAAAUGUUUUCCUGAAUUUGAAUACAACAGAAAGUACAUUUACAGGAUGAGUUUUUUUUUUUUCUUGCAGACAAGGUCUUGCUCUGUCACCCAGGCUGGAAUGCAGUGACACCCUCACAGGUCACUCACUGUAUGAGCCUCCCACCUCAGUCUCCACUGUGGCUACGGACUACAGGUGUGCUCCACCAUACCUGGCUGGUUUUUUUUAUUUUUUGUAGAGACAGGGUCUCACUAUGUUGCCCAUGCUGGCCUCAAGAGAUCCUCCCGCUCCAGCCUCCCAGAGUGCUGGGAUAUUAGGCAUGAGCCACCCUGACCCAUACACAGGAUAGUUUUGUUUUGUUUUGAGAUGGAGUCUUGAUCUAUUGCCCAGACUGGAGUGCAGUGGCACAAUCUUGGCUCACUGUGACCGCUACCUCUCAGGUUCAAGUGAUUCUCCUGCCUCAGCCUCCUGGGAUUACAGGUGCCCAUUACCAUGUCCGACUAUACAGGAUGUAUUUUUUAAAUUUUAAAACAUCUAGGUUUCGUCUGCUCUGUCACCAGGCUGGAGUUCAGUGGCUCAAUCUCGGCUCACUGCAGCCUCCACCUUCUGGGUUCAAGCAAUUCUCCUGCCUGAGCCUCUCAAGUACCUAGGACUACAGGCAUGUGCCACCAUGCCUGGCUAAUUUUUGUAUUUUUAGUAGAGGCGGGGUUUUGCCAUGUUAGCCAGGCUGGUCUUGAACUCCUGACCUGAAGUGAUUGGCCCACCUCAGCCUCUCAAAGUACUGGGAUUACAGGCAUGAGCCACCGUGCCUGGCCAUGUCUGCUUUUUGUGACAGGUCACUGGAGUAGCAACAAGGCCUUUUUGACAAUAGAACAGUGGUGGGCUCUUCUGCUUGAAGGACUCCAGCCCAUCUUACAAUCAUCUAAAAAAAACCCUUUUUUCAAGUUUUGUUAAAAUUCAGUUUAACUCAUCACUAAGAGUGGAAGAAGUCACCGUCACUAAUGGUGACUCACACACCUGUAGUCCCAGCUACUUGGGAGACUGAAGCAGAAUUGCUUGAACUCAGGAGGUGGAGGCUGCCGUGAGCUGACUUUGUGCCACUACACUCCAGCCUGGAGACAGAGUGAGACUCUGUCUCAAAAAGAAAAAAAGGAGUGGAAGAAGGAUACAAGAAUGACACUUUUAUUUCAAUAAAUGCUUUUGGAAAUGAUUUUUAAGAACAAAAACUAGAGACCUCUGGAAAGUCGAUUAAAAGUUGUGCAGCCCAGACACGGUGGCUCAUGCCUGUAAUCCCAGUUCUUUGAGAGGACGAGGCAGACAGAUCACCUGAGGUCACGAGUUUGAGAACAGCCUGACCAAUAUGAUGAAACCCCGUCUCUACUAAAAAUACAAAAAUUAGCCAGGCAUAGUGGCAUGCGCCUGUAAUCCCAGCUACUUGGGAGGCUGAAGUGGGAGAAUCGCUUGAAUCCAUGAGGCAGAGGUUGCAGUGAGCCAAGAUCAUGCCACUGCACUCCAGCCUGGGCAAUGGUGUGAGACUUCGUCUCAAAAACAAACAACAAAAAAUGUUGUGCAAAGAUGCAUAGGAUGAACUGCAUUUCUCUUGGGGCGGCUGAUAUUUCCCCCUCCUCUCACCCUUCUAGAACAGACAGACAUGCUUGGAGUGAUGGGAGGGGACAGCACCUCGGCGGGAUGGAGGGGGGGUGCUGCUCCCUUCACCAUAGCAAUUGACUCGGGCCCUGGUGUAGGCUGGAGAAGGCAGCUGCUUGGAAGCACCAGGGCGCUGGCUUCAGUCCUCAGCCCUGUCUCUGGAUGUAGACCCCCAGAGUCUGUCUUCAGAGACCCACAAGGCUUGUCAGCUCUGGGGUUUCCGCAAACAGUUUCUCAAGAAACAUUUCUGAAACUGCUUGGUUUAAGGAUGACCCCACAAGGGCCGCUGUCACCUGCCUGCCAAGCCUGCACUAGGAGACUUGUCUAUACAUAAUCUGUGCAGGUUAAAGACAGGCCCAGCCAAAGAAAUAAGCUUGCAGAGGAGAGAGGGUUUCCCCUAUUGCUUUCCCCACCCCUAUCUCUGAAAGGUUUCUCAGAGCCUGGAGGGCACUGCAUGAGCCACUUGCUAGUCUGGGGCUUGGCCAGGGAGGCAGGUGUCUGCCGGGGCAGGCUGCGACCACUCCCAGUCAUUGUAACAAAAGAUGACACAGAAGCAGAUGGGAGAACAGUCUGGGAAAAGACAACAUGGGCAGAAAAACACAGCAAAGUAAGUUGAACACACCCCUAUGCUAACAGCUCGCUAGCAAGACACCAGCACGGUUUUCUCCUUCCAGGUGCUGACGGAGGGGCUGGUGAUUCUGCUGAGGGGAUGAGAACCCCACAGCAGCUGCAGCAGUUGUUAAAAAGGGGCACAACCUCUUUGUCAUUGUGUUUUAUCUAGGUUUUUGUUUGUAAGACUCAACAAAAACCAAUUGCUGCUCUAAGAGUCUGGGAUUGAAAAUAACAUAGUGGCCAGGUGCAGUGGCUCAUGUCUGUAAUCCCAGCACUUUGGGAGGCCGAAGCAGGUGGAUCACCUGAGGUCAAUAAUUCCAGACCGGCCUGGCCAACAUGUGAAACCUCUUCUCUACUAAAAAUACAAAAUGAGCUGGGCAUGGUGGUGUGCCUGUAAUCCCAGCUACUCGGGAGGAUGAGGCAGGAGAAUUCCUGGAACGGAGGAGGUGGAAGUUGCAGUGAGCUGAGAUCAUGCCAUUGCACUCCCACCUGGGCUACAUACAAGAGUGAAACUCCAUCUCAAAAAAAAAAAAAAGAAAAAAGGAAGAAAGAAAGUACUACUGGGUAUCAGCCAAUGGACUGACAAGCAAGUCUCCUCAUCUGAUAAGCUUAGAUGAGCUGUCAUCUGAGCAAUUUUAAUUGACAUCUCUUUACAUAUGACACGUCAUAUAUUCCAGAUCCCAUAAAAUACUUCCCAUAACCCCAUAGCAUAGCAAAUUUUAAUUUUUCUAUGAUUUUGUCAUGUUUAAUAAAGUUUUACAAUAUGCUCUGCAGCUGAUAGUCUGUUAACCACAGAUUUUUAAAUUUUGUAUAUCAAGAAUUAUUUUUUGUUGUGUUUUGUUGUUGUUGGUGUUGAGACGGAGUCUUGCUCUGUUUCCCGUGCUGGAGUUCGGUGGUGCGAUCUCAGCUCACUGCAACCUCCACCUCAUUGGGCUCAAGUGAUCCUCCUGCCUCAGCUUCCCAAGUAGCUGGGACCACAAACGUACACCACCACACCUGGCUAAUUUUUUGUAUUUUGGUAGAAAUAGGGUUUUGCCACAUUGUCCAGGCAACUCUUGGGCUCCAGUGAUCAGUCUGCCUUAGCCUCCCAAAGUAUGGGGAUUACAGGCAUGAGCUGCCACACCUACCUAGUCACACAAAUUUUUAAUGAAGUGAGACAACACCAUCAGUAGGAGAAAGUAAGGGGUGUACUUGGCACACCCUGUCUUGCUCCCUCCUUCGAGGCUGAGGCUGUGUGUGUGUAUGUGUGUGUACCUCCCUCUAUACCUUAUGUAUUGGGUUUUGUGAAUGGUUCUAGACCUCUAUGGCCGGAACACUUGCUUGGAAGAGGAGGGAGGUCAUCACUGCUUGCAGGCUGCAGGCAUAACAAGCUGGCAUCCAUCCCCCACCUCAGGAAUUCUUCUCCAGCCUAACUGUUCUCUGGCCAACUUGGUGAAACCCCAUCUCUACUGAAAAUACAAAAAAAAAAAAACAAAAUUAGCUGGGCAUGGUGGUAGCGUCUGUAAUCCCAGCUACUCCGGAAGUAGAGGCAGGAGAAUCACUUGAACCCAGGAUUUGGAGGUUGCAGUGAGCAGAGAUGUCACCAAUACACUCCAGCUGGGGCAACAAGAGUGAAACACCACCUCAAAAACAAAAACAACAAAAAAGAAAUUCUCUGAAAAUAAUCAGGAUCUUGUUUCUUAUGGACUUUAAUCUGUGUAAAAUUUAGGGCCUGGCACCUGAUAUGUAAGCUGUCAGUGUUGAAUGAAUGAGUGAACAGCAAACUUUUUCAAAGUAUAUUGACCUUUUGGUUAGUUUCAAAUAACCAAAUAGUGCUCAAACAUUUAGCGCAGAUGACCCAGGCAAGUUUGAAAAAUUGGCCUCUUACGAGUCUCUGUCAAGAGACAAGAUGAAGAGUUCAAAGUUGCAAAGCCUUGCCUUACCUCAGAAGUCAUCAGAUGUAGCAAUAAAACAAGGUCAUCAAGGGGAAAAUGGACUCUUGGGAAGAAGGCAGGCCCCAGGGCCUCAGCCAGCUCCCGCCAUGGAUCUUGGGGACCAGAUUCCUCGUCGUUGGUGGCACAUGCCCAAUAACCCAACCGCUUUUCCCACCAGUCCAGGUCCCCGCACACUGCACCCUCUCUCCCCACCAGCAAGGCAAACUGUUUUUCUAUAAGCCAGAAAAAGACCAUGGAGUUAUGUGAGCUACUUAUCUUUGGUAAGUCCCAAGCUGUGGUUCCAAGACCAAAACAGCUGUUUCCUCCGACACCCCACCCAGGCGGGCACCAGCCAGGUGGCUGCCUGCUGUUAUUAACAAGCAAGUUCUAACCAGCAGCCGCUAGAUUUUUCCGUAGAGCGUGGGCAGCUGCUAACGAGAGAACACUUGCCCAGAGAAGCCACUGAGCAGGGCAGGGCAGGGAAUGAGCUUUUAACCUCUUUGGUCCCAGAAAUCUGGAGUAUACAGUAAAAAACAGAUGACUAAGAGUGGCUCAUAGUAAUCCCAGCACUUUCUGAGGCGGGUGGAUCACCUGAGGUUGGGAGUUCCAGACCAGCCUGACCAACAUGGAGAAACCCAGUCUCUACUAAAAAUACAAAAUUAGCCACUGUGGUGGAGCAUGCCUGUUAUCUCAGUGACUUGGGAGGCUGAGGCAGAGGUUGUGGUGAGCUGAGAUCGCACCAUUGCAUUUCAGCCUUGGCAACAAGAGCGAAACUGUCUCACAAAAAAAAAAAAAAAAAAAAAAGACGAGGUAUCACAGGCUGGUCUCGCACUCUUGGGCUCAAGCAAUCCUCCCACUUCAGCCACCCAAGUAGCUGGGACUAUAAGUGUGCCCCACCACACCCAGCCCUAAGUGACAUGACAGCAACUUUGCACAGAUGAGGUGAGUUCCCUUCAUCUCCUAGCCAGUGGCCCCCAGAAGCUCACCCCGUUUAGUUAGGAGCAAGGGGGUGCUGACAAGGGCCCCAUUAAUAGGUCCGUACCAUGCCAUCCUCAGGAAGCUGGACUCAUGGUUGCAGGCCACUGUCCUCACAUGGGACCACAGAAACUAGCAAAGGAAGUGAAAGUGUCCAAACCAUUACCCAGGCUCUAAGACCACAGUGACAAAGCUGAGGGUCUGAAAGCCAGAGGCCCAACACAGAGCUCCUCUCUGCAACCUGUUACUUCAUAGCUGAACAAAUUCUAUGCUAGGCCUUCUCUCAGAUUCCUCUUCCUCCCUCCUUACCCGGGCUCUGAAUUCCAGGCAUCACACCGACCAGGAUCGUACUCAAAAACAUCUUGUGCUCAAAUGCAGCCCUCGCAGCAACAGCAGUACCUGGAAGCCUCUUAGGAAGCCGAAUCUCGGGCCCCACCCCUGACCCUGACCAAUCAGAAUCUGCAUUUUAAACGGGAGCCCUUGAUGGGUUGCACGUGCAUCAAUUUGAGAAGCACCUGGUUGUAGUAGUAAUCGUCACUGAGAAGACCCUAUCAGCAUUCUAUUUGCCUCCAUAACAAAUUCUCACAAAAGUGGUGGCUUAAAAUAAUACUCAUAAUCUCCCAUUUCUGUAGGUGAGUGGUCUGGGAACAAUGUAGCCCAGCUGGGUCCUCUGUGCAGGGCGUCAGGGCUGGGCUUUGACGGUUCUGAGGAAGACCUGGCUUCCAAGCUCAUGGGCUGUUGACAGAAUGCACUUUCUUCCACUCCCCACACAGCCACAUUGAGAACAGCAAGGAUGUGUCCAAACCCAGAGGCUUCAGGUCUCACUUCUGCUUACAGCUCCCAUGAUUUCACUGGGCUGUUGGAUAAUCUAGGAUAAUCUCCCUAUUUUAAGAUGGACCCACCAGACACCUUAAUUUCAUCUGCAAAGCCCCUCUUGCCACAUGAUAGAGCAGAGCCACGGGCAUGGCCCCAGGUGAAAGGUCAUGGGGGCCGAAAUUCUGCCAACACAGUUACUUCCUCAGCAACAGGUCCAGUUUGGGAUGAAUUGCCUCUGAAGUCCUCCAGCUGGUUUUGGUCACCUCCGCUGGCCACACCCCACUGGGUUCCUCCUCCCAGGCUGGCUGUCUUAUCCCAGCUAGCCAUUGCCCACCCUCCUUGCUGCCAUUACAGCCUCUUGGGACAUCCCAUUUCCCUCCUGCCCCUGGAGAGCUCUGGAGAAGGCACAUCAUUCUGCAGGAAACUCCGUCUUUCCACACCAUCCCCAGCUGUUCUCAGCCACCCAGAGAAAAGGAUCAUAAGAAAUAAUGUUUAUAUUGAAAAACAAGGGGACACAUCUCAUUUCACCCCACACUCCCUCAGCUCAGCCUGGGAAUGUGUCCUGCUGGGCAGGAAGACCUGAAGCAACACCACCCCAGUUAUUCCAAGGGCAGAUGUGUAGUCUUUGGGUAUUCUCAGGGUUCCCUUGUUGCCCAGACGGGUGGCCAGCUAGGAGUCACGCACAUCCAGAUAUCAGCUAAAGUCAAAUGAUGGCUCAAUCUCCACCCACUAAAUCAAAUUGAUGCUAGGCUCAAUGGCCAAGGAGGCACAGCUGGUUGUCUUCGGUCCUUCCCAAACUGCGAAUGAGCUCUAAGGUAGGUAUUACCUCGGAGUUGCUACAUCUGUCGAAUCCCUCCUAGCAAACUGCAAUCUGCAUUUUAAUGAUACCCAGGUGACCUGUAUUCACAUCCUGAAAUCCUGAGGAAAACCCGCAACCAGCAGCAGAAGGGUGGACUCCAGCUGUGACAAGCCACCCUUCAUUGCUAGACCAGUCCUUACCUGACCAUACAGACCCAGCUUCCAGCCACUCUUUCUCCUCCAUCAAGCACCACCUGUCUCUUGAGACCUUUUACAAAAAUAAACUUUAGAGAGGGGUGGGGCCUUUGGAAUAACCUAGUCUUACCGCACCUUGUGGCCCCUUGCAUGUAAAUACUAUCAUCAUCAUGAUGCCACGUGAGGUGUCUGAGAGCCUGUUCCCUCCUAGGUUAAGAUCUUUGAGAAACCAUGUCUUUUCAUCUCUGUAUCCUCAACGUCUGGCUGAUCCAGUAUAUAGCAGGUCUGCUAAGUUGUUGUUAAACUGCCUUAAUUCUGAUAGAUGAAGCAAGCAGAGCCAUGAAAGUUGGGGAGAUCAGCUAAAACCACUGGGCAGUCAGGGGCUGAUCAAGUCCAAACCUCUGAGCCAGGGAGGCAUACAAGAUGCUUUAGUGACUUCUGUGUAUGUGUCAUUUUUAUUUCUCUCCAAAACCCAUCCCACGUUGGAUGCCAUCUCAAUUCUUCUCUUAUAGUCUGAGAAUGAGUCUGCUUUUAUCUAAGCUCAUUAAACAAAAAUUCCAUCCAUAUUUACUUCAAAAGAUUCAAAAAUACAAAUUCAAUAGAAUACUUAAUAUGAAUUUCACAGGCACUGAAGGUGACAGCUGUUGAGGACAUGGUCAUGCUGGGCCAACUAAAGUGAUGUCACCUCUCUCACACUGUAGCAUUCUUUUAUCUUUGUUUUACACUCUUAGAGAUAAGGAAGAAAAUCAAAAUCCAGAAAGGUUUGCUGUAACUAGUCCAAGAAUCAUUUCCUUCAGUGAAAAUCUGUUAUCACUAUGGUUUUGGUGAUAGAGGAACAGCAGAGCUCUCACGUGGGGCUGAGUGCCCACUACCAAAGCCUGUCUGGCCAGGCAAGGCCAGCCAGAGCCCUCAUGUUUACUCCAAAUGGUCAUUUUUGAGCCAGUUGGGUUGGGUCCCACCCCUUCUGGCUUGCACUACCAUAAAGAAAACCUCAAGAGUAUCUGCUUUGACUUUUUUUUUUUUUAAAGGAGAAAAGUAACAAUAGCCUUAAGAAAAAAAAUAAGAAACAACAUAGAUCAUAUGGGAAGCACAACUUUCUCAACAAUGUAGCCCAAAUUAUGACAAAUAAUCCUACCAAGAACACACCUAAUAUUGGAGGGGGAAAGAAUGCUUACACAAAACUGUUAUUUGGUUUGAAGCUUUGAAUAAGUUCCAAGUUUUUAUAUUUCACAAUUUAUAUAUACUUUAUUAGAGUCCACAGUCUGCUAAAUAAAAGCAGUAACAAGAUAUUUAACAAACUACUGUACAAAUUAAAUCUUAAGAAUUUAAUCUUAUAAAAAAUUGUUUGCAUAGUCAUACUGGCUAACCUAAAAAUUCUGUUAUCUACAGCCUAAAAUACUUUAGGAGACAGUUCCAGCACUAAAAAAAAUCCCAAUGUUUUUUUUACAUGUUUUACAACAAAAAGUUUGUGCUCUUAAUCAAAAAAUCCAGACUAACUCAGCAUGUAAAAAAUAAAUUUUACAAAGAACCCAAGAUAAUAUUUUUCAAAUACACUUUUAUUUUCUGUUUUCCUUCCUCACAUACAGAACUCCUCCACACACCGCACUUCUUGCAGCUAUGAAGUCACUUGAUGUUGGCCAGGUACCAUUUUAUCCCUAAAAUUUUGUUGACAUCAAAAUAUGAUAGUUGACCAGUGUUACAUCCAUAAAAUAUUUACAUAGCACAGCAUAUUAGGCUUUAGACAUUUGGCAAUUAGACCACAUAAAAACAGGACAAGACCCCCAUCCUACAUGUUUGGAAUCAGGUAUUCUCCGGUCCCUAUCUGGCGACUGUACACUGUUCAAAGGGCAGCAGAGGCAACAGGCAGUUACUUCAGAGGACACUGAACACUAUGAUCUGGAAGCACGUUAUGAUGUUACCCAGUGUCAUGUACCACACACCUUUCUCCAAGGUAGUCUCAACUCUAGAAUGGCAGGUCCAGCUGAUACAAAGUGAAGA